UUCUGAACACAUUGCUGCCCUGCCUCACCCACUCCAGGCUCAGACCCUGAUAGCCAUGGCCCUGGCCAAGGACUCAGGAAAUCUCAUGAACUGAGAUUUAGAGGGUUUAUCAAGGCGCUGUUCUAAACGCACUGCAGGUAACGAUGUCAUUAAUCCGCGCAUAGAGUCCGAGGAAUAGAUGCCAUUAUAAAUCCCACUUCUCCGGGGCGAAACUGAGGCUCAGGAUACCAUCCAGCCUUGGCUCGGAGUCUGGGGUAUGGAAAUUGUUGCCUCGCCCCCAUCUCCCCUUCUCUUCCUGGUCGGAGUGCAGCCCCCUGGAGAAAGGUGGGAGGAAGUCGGCGGCGGCAGGACCCGGGAGCCGCAGAGACAGGCCGGAGGGAGCUGCCCGGACUCGGAGAGGCCGCGGGUUCGGGCGAGUCUGCAGAAAACCCUUCCCCCAGGCGGUGGGGGCGGGGCGACACCGCCCCCGGGGCGGGCCCAGUGCGUGGCAGCGGGAUCACCGGCCCCGUCGCGAAGUUUCCAGCUUUUUUGCGAGAGCCGCUGGAUCAGCCGGACGUCCCCAGGCCCUGGCCAUGCGGCUCCUGCUACUUCUGGCCCCACUGGGCUGGCUGCUUCUGACCGAAACGAAGGGUGACGCCAAACCGGAGGACAACCUCUUGGUGCUCACGGUGGCCACGAAGGAGACCGAGGGGUUCCGACGCUUCAAGCGCUCAGCCCAGUUCUUCAACUACAAGAUCCAGGCGCUGGGACUGGGGGAGGACUGGAAUGAGAAGGAGGCAUCGUCGGGUGGAGGGCUGAAGGUUCGGCUGCUGAAGAAAGCCCUGGAAAAGCAUGCAGACGAGAACCUGGUCAUUCUCUUCACAGACAGCUAUGACGUGGUGUUUGCCUCCGGGCCCCGAGAGCUGCUGAAGAAGUUCCGGCAGGCCAAGAGCCAGGUGGUCUUCUCGGCAGAGGAGCUCAUCUACCCGGACCGCAGGCUGGAGGCCAAGUACCCGGCCGUCUCCGACGGCAAGAGGUUCCUGGGCUCUGGAGGCUUCAUUGGUUAUGCCCCCAACCUCAGCAAACUGGUGGCUGAGUGGGAGGGUCAGGACAGCGACAGCGACCAACUCUUUUAUACCAAGAUCUUCUUGGACCCAGAGAAGAGGGAGCGGAUCAAUAUCACCUUGGACCACCGCUGCCGUAUCUUCCAGAAUCUGGAUGGAGCCUUGGAUGAGGUCGUGCUCAAGUUCGAGAUGGGCCAAGUGAGAGCGAGGAACCUGGCCUACGACACCCUCCCGGUCCUGAUUCACGGCAAUGGGCCCACCAAGCUGCAGCUGAACUACCUGGGCAACUACAUCCCGCGCUUCUGGACCUUCGAGACGGGGUGCUCUGUGUGUGAUGAGGGCCUGCGCAGCCUCAAGGGCAUUGGGGAUGAAGCUCUGCCCACAGUCCUGGUCGGCCUGUUCAUCGAACAGCCCACGCCGUUCCUGUCCCUGUUCUUCCAGCGGCUCCUGCGCCUCCAAUACCCCCGGAAACGGAUGCGGCUUUUCAUUCACAACCAUGAGCAGCACCACAAGGCUCUAGUGGAGCAGUUCCUGGCAGAGCAUGGCGACGAGUACCAGUCCGUGAAACUGGUGGGCCCUGAGGUUCGGGUGGCGAACGCUGACGCCAGGAACAUGGGCGCGGACUUGUGCCGGCAGGACCGUAGCUGCACCUACUACUUCAGCGUGGAUGCCGACGUGGCCCUGACUGAGCCCAAAACCCUGCGGCUGCUGAUCGAGCAGAACAAGAACGUCCUUGCCCCCUUGAUGACCCGCCACGGGAGGCUGUGGUCGAACUUCUGGGGGGCACUGAGUGCAGAUGGCUACUACGCCCGCUCUGAGGACUACGUGGACAUCGUGCAGGGGCGGCGUGUUGGCGUCUGGAAUGUGCCCUACAUCUCGAACGUGUACCUGAUCAAGGGCAGUGCCCUGCGGGCUGAACUGCAGCAGACAGACCUGUUCCACCACAGCAAGCUGGACCCCGACAUGGCCUUCUGUGCCAAUAUCCGGCAGCAGGACGUGUUCAUGUUCCUGACCAACCGGCACGCCUUUGGCCACCUGCUCUCCCUGGACAGCUACCAGACCACCCACCUCCACAACGACCUCUGGGAGGUGUUCAGCAAUCCCGAGGACUGGAAGGAGAAAUACAUCCACGAGAACUACACCAAGGCCCUGGCGGGGAAGCUGGUGGAGACGCCAUGCCCAGACGUCUACUGGUUCCCCAUCUUCACCGAGACGGCCUGUGACGAGCUGGUGGAGGAAAUGGAGCACUACGGCCAGUGGUCUCUGGGAGACAACAAGGACAACCGCAUCCAGGGUGGCUACGAAAACGUGCCAACCAUCGACAUCCACAUGAACCAGAUCAGCUUUGAGCGGGAGUGGCACAAGUUCCUGGUGGAGUACAUCGCCCCCAUGACAGAGAAGCUCUACCCGGGCUACUACACCAGGGCCCAGUUCGACCUGGCCUUUGUUGUCCGCUACAAGCCAGAUGAGCAGCCCUCGCUGAUGCCACACCACGACGCCUCCACCUUCACCAUCAACAUUGCCCUGAAUCGGGUCGGGGUGGAUUACGAGGGCGGAGGCUGUCGCUUCCUGCGCUACAACUGCUCCAUCCGAGCGCCACGGAAAGGCUGGACCCUCAUGCACCCUGGGCGACUCACGCACUACCACGAGGGGCUCCCCACCACCAAAGGCACCCGCUACAUCGCCGUCUCCUUCGUCGAUCCCUAAGUGGCCAGACCCGGCCACCUCGGACCUUUUCCUCUGUGUUGACAACCACUGCUCAGCAGCCUUGGGCACCUCGGGGUCCCAGGGACCAGUCCAGCCUCCAGGCUCUUGACCUCUCAUUGCUCUUGGAGCCGCCAUGGGAGACGGGGCCAUAGGCCAGAGGCAGAGCACACCUCCUUGGCUGGGACUUUGCUGGGGCUCUGGACGCAGCCCCGGGAGAAACUGUCCACUUUCCCUGCUUUGCAGCAACUCGUCCUUUCCCACUGAAAGACCCGGUCCUACUUCCUCUGCUUCUUCCAGGGGGCAGCGCUUGAGCAGGUCCAGGGCGGACCCAGCUGCCUGGAGAGACUCUAGGGGCAAGACGCCACGCCUGGCGCUUCUCCCCCACCCCCAGAGCUGCAGCCCCAGGGACAUCAGCUUCAAGCUGCAGGGUUGACACCAAGAUCUGGAUCAGUCUCAAGUCUCCACCCUGACCGUGGGACUGCUGAAGAGCUCUGUUCCUCUGAGACAGUGACUCAGAAUACCUCACGGGAGAUAGGAAAUGCAUUGACGCCACCGCUCCAUCCUCUACCUGACCCUUGCUGGGGGGCGGCGCAGGGAGUGGUGUGUCCACACACUGCACUGUGUUCCCCUGCCCUGGAUCCCUCUGGAGAGAGGGCCAGACAGAAACAGGAGAGUCUCCAUUAAAGGUCAUUCAGGAGUUCCCGUCGUGGUGAAGUGGUUAACGAAUCCGACUAGGAACCAUGAAGUUUCCGGUUCAAUCCCUGGCCUUGCUCAGUGGGUUGAGGAUCCGGCGUUGCUGUGAGCUGCGGUGUAGGUUGCAGACGCGGCUCGGAUCCCGCGUUGCUGUGGCUCUGGCGUAGGCCAGUGGCUACAGCUCCGAUUAGACCCCUAGCCUGGGAACCUCCAUAUGCCGAAGGAGCAGCCCUAGAAAAGGCAAAAAGAUAAAAAAAAAAGUCAUUCAAACCCCUGAGUGGGAGAUGCUGGGGGGUAGGGUGUGCAGGUGUCAGGGUGGGUGUUGGCGGGGAGAGGUUUUAACAGCCCAGCGGUGGCAAGGAGGGCUGCCACGCCAGCAGACUUGCGUUUCCCACACCCAGUCAUGUGCGAUCUUGGUGUCCUGUGUAUAUUGUGUUAACUCGCUGUGUGAGCCGGGUACGGCUAUCUGAGCGGGGUCAUCUCUCAAGAUCCAAGUCAGGUGUCACCUGCUCUGAAGCCUUUGCCAACCAUCCUUCCUGCAAACGUGGAUGUCUGGGAACAGAGAACUUCUGGUGGCUUCACCAUACCCUGGGCAGACUUGAGGCGCCAAUAACACUUCAGGGCAUUUAUUAAUAAUAAAUAAUAAUAAGGGCUCA